UCAACAGUUUCAGCAAUGGAUAUUCUUUGUGAUGAGGAGAGUUCUGUGAACCCAACUACAAACUCCUUAAUACAAUUAAAUCAUGAGAGAAGACUUUACAAAAAUGUUUUUGUAUCUGGAGAGGUUAACACAUCUCAUCUGUUUAACUUAACUGUGGACUCUGAAAACCUAACUAAUCUUUCGUGUGAAGGCAGUCCGAGCUCACCCUGCUUUUCAUCAUGGAUUCAGCUUCCAGAGAAAAAUUGGCCAGCUUUGUUGACAGUUAUUGUGAUUGUUCUAACCAUUGCUGGGAAUAUUCUUGUCAUCAUGGCUGUGUCACUGGAGAAAAAGCUACAGAAUGCCACUAAUUAUUUUCUAAUGUCACUCGCAAUAGCUGAUAUGCUGUUGGGUUUCCUUGUCAUGCCUGUGUCAAUGUUAACCAUACUGUACGAGUAUAGAUGGCCUCUACCCAAAACACUCUGUCCUGUCUGGAUCUAUCUGGAUGUGCUUUUCUCCACUGCCUCCAUCAUGCACCUGUGUGCCAUCUCUCUGGAUCGCUAUAUUGCCAUACGCAACCCCAUUCAUCACAGCCGCUUUAACUCAAGAACUAAGGCUUUCACAAAAAUAAUUGCAGUUUGGACCAUCUCAGUUGGUAUCUCUAUGCCAGUGCCUGUGUUUGGACUACAAGAUGAAACCAAAGUACUUAAGGGACCCAGCUGCUUACUUGCUGAUGAGAACUUUGUCCUUAUUGGCUCUUUUGUGGCAUUCUUUAUUCCUUUAACCAUCAUGGUGGUCACCUACUUUUUAACCAUCAGAUCACUUCAGAAAGAAGCUACCUUAUGCGUUAAAGACCUUGGCACAAAGACCAAGUUUGCUUCAUUUAGUUUUCUCCCUCAGAGUUCUCUGUCUUCAGAGAAACUUUUUCAGCGUUCUUUGAACCGAGAGCUGGGGACUUCUGGAAGGAGAACUAUGCAGUCCAUCAGUAAUGAGCAGAAAGCUUCCAAGGUACUCGGCAUUGUCUUCUUUCUGUUUGUUGUGAUGUGGUGCCCAUUUUUCAUCACUAAUGUGAUGGCAGUCAUUUGCAAGAAGUCAUGUAAUGAAGAAGUCAUUGGAGGGCUACUGAAUGUAUUUGUCUGGAUUGGCUACCUUUCUUCAGCUGUCAAUCCCCUAGUAUACACACUGUUCAACAAAACUUAUCGUUCAGCUUUCUCACGUUAUAUUCAGUGUCGAUACAAGGAAGAGAAGAAGCCUUUGCAGCUGAUCUUAGUGAACACUAUACCAGCUUUAGCUUAUAAUUCCAGCCAACUCCAGCUGGCACAAAUGAAGAGCUUGAAAAAAGAGGCUAAAAUGAUGGCCAAAGACUAUUCUAUGGUUACAAUAGGAAUACAUCAUUUAGACAGUACCUCAAAGGGCAGUAUCAACCCAGUGAACGAGGUUAGCUGUGUGUGACUAUGCUAGCUCAUCAACAGCUGCCAUGGCAACCACGGUGUAUACUCAGAAAAUUUCACCUAACUGUGAGAAGCUUUGAUAGCUUAGGAAAAUUAGCCCUGGCUAAGAAAGUCGUCAUUAAUAUCACAUACUCCUCAUAUUGUCUGGUUGGUGAAAAGCAGGGUUAAAAUGCUAUCAAAUGUGCAAUUUUUUCAUACAGUACAUCAGCUGU